AAAAUCUAAAAAAAAAUUAGUAAAAACUUAAGAGCAAAUGUCCAAUUUUAGAGUGUUUUCUAAAAAAAGGUGGAAAUCAAUAAUUGAGUCCAUAAAAGCACUAGUUAACGAUUUUGAAUAAAGAAAAAAAUAAGUACUUAUGAUUCCUAGGUUCGUCCAUUGUAGCUAUUCGGAAUCCACAAACCAUUCCGACUGACGGUCAGAAUUUCUUCGAAUAUGUCCUUGAAUUCAUUCGAGACGUCAGUAAAACUCAGAUUGGAGAAGAAUAUGGUCCCUGGGUUCCCUUUAUUGGAACUAUGUUUCUAUUUAUUUUUGUUUCUAAUUGGUCUGGGGCGCUUUUACCCUGGAAAAUCAUACAGCUACCUCAUGGGGAGUUAGCCGCACCCACGAAUGAUAUAAAUACUACCGUUGCUUUAGCUUUACUUACGUCAGUGGCAUAUUUUUAUGCGGGCCUUAGCAAAAAAGGAUUAGGUUAUUUUGGUAAAUACAUACAACCAACUCCAAUUCUUUUACCUAUUAACAUUUUAGAAGAUUUCACAAAACCUUUAUCACUUAGUUUUCGACUUUUCGGAAAUAUCUUAGCGGAUGAAUUAGUAGUUGUUGUUCUUGUUUCUUUAGUACCUUCGGUGGUUCCUAUACCUGUCAUGUUCCUUGGAUUAUUUACAAGCGGUAUUCAAGCUCUUAUUUUUGCAACUUUAGCCGCGGCUUAUAUAGGCGAAUCCAUGGAAGGACAUCAUUGAUGAAUUUUCAAAAAAGUAUUUUUUUAUAAAAAAUUUUCUGCUUUGCUCAAGAUAAUCCACUUAGUGAAUAAAAAGCUUUCUAUGAUCUAGAGGAAUAUUAAAGUAAUAAAGGAUUCCAAUAUUAAUAUUAAGGAAUUGUAAAAACAAAAGGAAAGAGAUCUAAAAGAUCUUUUUCCUAAGAUUUGUUUCACUGAUUUAUACCCCCUUCUGUUGAAAAUUAUUUUUAUAUUGUCUUGAUUAGUUUGUUCAUUUAAUUACAAUCUUAGAGGUCAGAAUCUGAAUAAGAAUUCUAAGGGGUACGUUUAAAAAUUUUAUAGAAGGGGUCCUAUUUUAGUUGGUUUUAUUCAAUUCAACGAUUGACCAAAAGAAAAUAUUAAUAAAUAAUAAAUUACAUAAACCUAGAUCAACCAAAACCUUCUAUUUCUAUGCAAUGAUUCAGACUAUUGAAUUCGUACAUUUAGAUUGAUUGGAUCCAUGGGGGAUAAUGCUAAAUAAAAGGAAGGGAAGAGUUUACAAAAAAAGGGAUUCAUAAAAAAUCAGUUGUUUAUGAGAAUGGGAUCAAACUCCCUAUAGACAAUACAAAUAUAUAUAUAAUUAGAAUUAUAUUCUAAAUGGCUAGAACGCAACUUUCUUAUGUGUUUUGUGGAUAUUUAGAAAAAAUAUUUUUGAACCUGAUAGAAUCUCAGAUACGAAUCGUUGGUUUAGAUUCUGGAAGAAAGGCAUGUAUAGGGAAUAUUAGGUAUUAAUUAGUUCUAUAUGAACUAAAAGAUAUAUCAAAUACACUAUACUACUCCUUAUUGAAAUUUUAGAUAAGGAUUCCACUAAGAGCCUUAAAAUAGAUAGUGAAGUAGUUCUGAUGAUUUAAUGAUAUUAUCACUUCAAUUCGGAGUUCUUGCUUACUCCGGCUCGGUGAAAAUCUUUUUGAUGGAAUAAUUAAGUCAUAAUUUUUUGGUUGAUUGUAUCAUUAACUAUUUCUUUCUUUUGGUACGAGGAACUUAUCAUGAAUCCAUUGAUUUCUGCCGCUUCCGUUAUUGCUGCUGGCUUGGCUGUUGGGCUUGCUUCUAUUGGACCCGGGGUUGGUCAAGGCACUGCUGCGGGACAAGCUGUAGAAGGUAUCGCGAGACAACCCGAGGCGGAGGGAAAAAUACGGGGUACUUUAUUGCUUAGUUUGGCCUUUAUGGAAGCUUUAACAAUUUAUGGACUGGUUGUAGCAUUAGCCCUUUUAUUUGCGAAUCCUUUUGUUUAAUCCUAUAAAAAGAAAAAGGGUAUUUUAUUGCUUUUCUUUCUUUUUCGCGAAUUCUACCAAGAUUUCAUUCCUACAAUUUUUUUUACUCUAUUUCGAAAUGGGUAAAUGAAUAAAAAGAAAAUAAGAGAAAUAAUCAACAAUAAUCCAUAAUAUAGAAAAAAAUAAAGAAUAUAACAUUUCAACAAUAUAGAAAAUAUAUAGAAAAUAAGAAAAAAAUAGAUAAUUAGUCUAUCUAUAAGAAUAAGAGAAGAGGAGAUCAUAUGAAAAAUGGAACCGAAUCUUUCGUUUCCUUAGGUCACUGGCCAUUAGCCGGGAGUUUCGGGUUUAAUACCGAUAUUUUAGCAACAAAUCUAAUAAAUCUAAGUGUAGUCCUUGGUGUAUUGAUUUUUUUUGGAAAGGGAGUGUGUGCGAGUUGUUUUUUUCAAGAAUAGGCUGGAUUGAACCAGUUGUACUUUUUUUGUUUUAAUUAGAUUAAUUAAAAAAGAGUGCAUGAUCCUGCGAAUUACUUCUAAAC